AGCGCGCGCUCCGGGAUCCCCGCGUGCUCGCGCACGUACGGCGUCGACUGGUUGCUGACGAGUAUAAUCUGGCUGCCGCGAGCCCGGUCCGGGAUAAAAGCCGACCGCAGCGCCUUCAGAGUGUCAACCGCGCGCGCUGCUCCCUCUCUAACGGUUUUUCUGCUUUAAAUCUCUUCAUAAAAAUAAAAAAACACCGCCAUUAUGCUGCUGACGGCGAGUCAAGUCAUCAGGAAAUUCUCCACGUCCUCCCGUUAUUACCAGAAGAAGCUGAAAUUAGCCAUCAUCGGUCAGAGUGUCUUCGGUCAGGAGGUGUACAGCAGCCUGAGGAAGCAGGGCCACAAAGUCGUGGGGGUGUUCACGGUCCCUGACAAAGACGGCAAAGCGGACCCCCUCGCGGUGGCUGCGGAGAAGGACGGGACGCCGCUGUUCAAGUUUCCCCGGUGGCGGAACAAGGGGCAGCCCCUCCCAGAGGUGGUGGAGGCGUACAAGUCUGUGGGGGCGGAGCUCAACGUCAUGCCCUUCUGCUCCCAGUUCAUUCCUAUGACUGUCAUUGACCAUCCUCAGCACGGCUCCAUCAUCUAUCACCCCUCCAUCCUGCCCCUGCACAGAGGAGCCUCUGCCAUCAACUGGACCCUGAUCCAUGGAGAUCAGAAAGCUGGUUUCACCGUGUUCUGGGCUGACGAUGGACUGGACACCGGCCCCAUCCUGCUGCAGAGGGAGUGUGCCGUGGAGCCGGAUGACACCGUGGACACGCUGUACAACCGCUUCCUCUUCCCGGAGGGAAUCAAAGCCAUGGUGGAGUCUGUGCAGCUCAUAGCUGAUGGAAAGGCUCCCAGAAUUCCUCAGCCAGAGGAGGGUGCGAGCUACGAGGGAAUCCAGAGGAAAUCCAACGCCAAGGUUGACUUGGCUCAGCCGGCUAAAGCCAUCCACAACUGGAUCCGUGGCCACGACAAAGUCCCCGGAGCCUGGGCGCACAUAGGUGGUCAGUCGGUGACCUUUUAUGGCUCAUCCAUGCUGAGCGAGCCGGUCCCAGCCGGCCAGCCCCUGGAGAUCGAGGGAGCGUCCCAACCCGGCAUCAUCUCAAAGAAAGGGCUGGUGCUGUUUGGAACUGACGGGAAGGCUCUCCUAGUGAAGAACCUGCAGUUUGAGGAUGGAAAGAUGAUUCCUGCUUCCAAGUACUUCUCCUCCGGAGAGAGCUCGUCUGUGGAGCUGACCGACGAGGAGAAGAAAAUGGCAGAGGAAAUCAGGAACAUCUGGAAGGGCAUUCUCAGCAACGUUCCGGCCAUUGUGGACACCACAGACUUUUUUAAGUCUGGAGCUGCUUCCAUGGAUGUUGUCAGGCUGGUGGAGGAGGUGAAGCAGAAGUGUGUUGGUGUCCAGCUGCAGAAUGAGGACGUUUACAUGGCCACCACCUUCCAGGACUUCAUCCAGAUGUUUGUGCGCAAGCUGAGGGGAGAAGACCAGGAGGAGGAGCUGGUCGUUGACUAUGCAACCAAAGAAGUGAACAGCAUGACAGUGAAAAUGCCAUACCAGUGUUUUAUCAAUGGGAGGUUUGAGAAUGCAGAAGAUGGAAAAACCUACAACACCAUCAACCCCACGGAUGGAUCUGUGAUCUGUAAGGUGUCCUACGCAGCGGUGAGUGAUGUGGACCGGGCCGUAGCUGCUGCUAAGGAAGCUUUUGACAACGGACCGUGGGGCAGGAUGAACCCCAGAGACAGAGGGAGUCUCCUGUACAAGCUUGCAGACCUGAUGGAAGAGCAUCAGGAAGAGCUGGCCACCAUCGAGUCCAUCGACUCUGGAGCCGUGUACACGCUCGCUCUCAAGACUCACGUCGGCAUGUCCAUUCAGACGUUCCGCUACUUUGCUGGCUGGUGUGACAAAAUUCAGGGCAAAACCAUCCCCAUCAACCAAGCCAGGCCCAACCGCAACCUGACCUUCACAAAGAAAGAGCCUCUGGGAGUUUGUGCCAUAGUCAUCCCCUGGAAUUACCCCCUCAUGAUGCUGGCCUGGAAAAGUGCAGCCUGUCUGGCAGCUGGAAACACGCUAGUGCUGAAGCCAGCUCAGGUGACUCCUCUGACGGCGCUGAAGUUUGCUGAGCUUUCUGUGAAAGCUGGAAUCCCUAAAGGAGUCAUAAAUAUUCUACCAGGCUCUGGUGGCAUGGUGGGGCAGCGUCUGUCCGACCAUCCCGACAUCCGUAAGCUGGGUUUCACCGGCUCCACGCCGAUCGGCAAGCAGAUCAUGAAGAGCUGCGCGCUCAGCAACCUGAAGAAGGUUUCUCUGGAGCUGGGCGGGAAAUCCCCUCUCAUCAUCUUCAGUGACUGUGACAUGGACAAGGCCGUCCGCAUGGGAAUGAGCUCUGUGUUCUUCAACAAAGGAGAGAACUGCAUCGCCGCUGGACGUCUGUUCGUGGAGGAGUCCAUCCAUGACGAGUACAUCCGCCGAGUGGUUGAGGAAAUCAUGAAGAUGAAAAUCGGUGAUCCUCUGGAUCGAUCCACCGAUCACGGCCCACAGAACCACAAGGCCCACCUGGACAAGCUCCUGGAGUACUGCGACAUCGGGGUGAAGGAAGGAGCCACACUGGUGUAUGGAGGCAAACAGGUGGACAGGCCAGGUUUCUUCAUGCAGCCCACAGUGUUCACCGACGUGGAAGACCACAUGUUCAUCGCCAAAGAGGAGUCCUUUGGUCCCGUCAUGGUGGUGUCCAAAUUCAAAGACGGGGACGUGGACGGUGUUCUUCAGAGAGCCAACGACACGGAGUACGGCCUGGCCUCUGGGGUGUUCACCCGCGACAUCAACAAGGCCAUGUAUGUGAGCGAGCGGCUGGAGGCCGGAACCGUCUUUGUCAACACCUACAACAAAACCGACGUGGCUUCACCCUUCGGAGGAUUCAAGCAGUCGGGCUUUGGCAAAGACUUGGGAGAGGACGCCCUCUCAGAAUACCUGAAGACCAAAGCAGUGACGGUGGAGUAUUGAAGCUCAGGCCACAUCUGGAUCAGAAGGUUGAACUACACCUCCAGGUUUCAGUGGACUUCUACACAUCUAUUAGGAUGUGGGGCGUUUGAGGUUCAACACAGAAGAACACAAUACUGGCCACCCUUAAAUCCUGGACCGUGAGUGCUAGAUAUUUCAGUUUGGGCGUCAUCAACCCCUUUUUUUAAGACAAAAGUGGGCUUCAAAAAAGACCGCAUCACUCCUUGAAUGCAUGGACACAAAGCUGAUAGAUGCAACGCUUCCUGAAUUUUUGCAGGGUUUAGAUUCAUAUCGGUACAUUCAAGCAUCUGACUCGACCAGGAGACACUGCAGCACAAGUCUUACUUCUUUGUUUUAUGUUUUUUUUGAGCCCGCUCCAUCACAUUGUGAAGAAAACAGCGUGCCUUCCAAUGUUACCUGUGCAUAAAGCCACUUUCCCGUUCAUCAGACUUUGGGGAAAAUGUUUCUAAAUGUUGUCGGUUAGAGUUCACGGUGUGUCAUUUGUAGCAGAUGUAAAAUCUUUUUUUACAUUUUUUAAACACUAUGAUUUUUCAAACAAAAUUGUCCAAUUUUUUGUAAAUUCUCUGCUUUUAGAAUCAAAACAAGGACAUAAAUAUUCCAGAUAUUUUGGAUAUUGUUCCCCCUAUUUUGUAAAAGUCUAUUUCUUUGUAGUGACAAAACUGUGAAUGUAAAGCUGUGGAAGAGGAGCGAGGGCUGUGGAGCUACCAACUGGAGAGCGACAAGUGUCACCGGAAUAAAAUGAUCAUGUUUGAAAGAAAAUUCUCCUUUUCAUUUGUGGUGCAGAGUCAGAACUGAGGCUAAGAGGUUUCCAAAGGAACAAACCUUGAGAUUUCAUGAGACGUUUGUUGGAUGUACAAAGCUCAAAAGAAUUAAGUGAACAUUAUAAGAACA